AUGGCUAUGCUGCCUGUGACCACUUUCCGCAGAACCCCGAGCGGGUAUCGCGCCAGGGUCUUUACGAAGCGACCCUUGAACUGCAUCGAGAUCUUCGAUUGUGACGGCAUUGCUCUUCGCAUUGGCUCGAACCCUUCUAUGCCCGGCCCUGAAAUUCAGACGGAACUUGAUAGACUCUCUAAUAUUCGAUAUCAUGUCUUCAAUCGUCCCUCAACCAGUGACCGCGUUAUUGGUCCAAUUGACGAGGUCCUCAAGCAAUACUAUAUCUCGGUCUUCACCGCUGUCGACCGAGUCCGGAUCAACCUUCGCCAGCAGCUUGACGAGAUCGACGCCACCAUUGGUGCCCAGCUUGGCAACGUUGCGACCACUCUCCCCUGGUGCCUGUCCCCCGUCCGCCGCAAGGCCAAGCAAUGUGCCAAGGCCAUCAAGGCUCGUCUCAGGGCCCAGGCCACCGAACUGGCCGAGGCCCGCAAGCAGUUUCUCUUGGAGGCCAUGGAAGACAUGUACCGCCAACUGACGGUGAACGCCUUCUUCAGAAGCAGCCUCUCCCGCGAGACGCUGCCCUACACCCACAACGGCGUCUUGCAGGGCUGCUGGGACUCUGGCCCCAUCAUGCCCUCCGACGUGGCGAGAAAAACCGGCGACGCUGACGCCUUCUACCACAUCCGGGUCAGCUGGAUCUCAGCCCCCGGUGCCACCAGGUACCCGACCUUCCUCUGGAUCGAGCGCCAGACGGACGGGUCGUUCCCACAGGGAUACGUGAACUGGGUACCGUAUCGGCCAGGCAAGGAUGAUGACUACGACCUCGAGCAAGGCGAGAGUGGGGAGUACUUCAUCACCCACAGCCGCAAGAUCUCGGUCGACGUUCGAGUCCGCUGUCACUUUGUCAAGAACGUCGUGGCAAGGGAGCGCGUCGUUCGAGAGCGCCUGGAGCUGCUGGAAGAAGGCUACGUGCGCGUGCUGCCCUUUUGGAGGUCCGCAUUAUAUAAACCUGGUGACUUCUUGAAAGAUUUUGAGAAUGCCCACCAAACCUUGCUUCACCCUUUCUCUUGGUGA